GCACUAUUUAUUUUCAGCUCCUAUAUUAAGAAAUUCAAGCUCUAAAAAUUAAGUAGCCCAUAAGCCAUGUUGUCUCACCAAGUUCCGUUUCUUACUCUGAAUAACGGCGUCAAAAUGCCGCAACUCGGACUUGGUACGUGGAAGUCAGAAAAUAAUGAUGCGGAGAAUGCCGUAAAACACGCACUCAAGAUUGGCAUUCGUCUCAUCGACACGGCGUUUUACUAUCAAAAUGAAAGUUUUGUUGGUAAGGCAAUAAAAGAAAGCGGGGUGCCUCGCGAGGAAAUAUUCAUAACCACCAAGCUAUGGAACUCAGAUCAUGGUUACGAAAAGGCCCUUGCCGCAUUCGAGCGCAGCCGCGCUGCUCUUGAUCUAAGCUAUGUUGAUUUGUACCUCAUUCAUUGGCCAGGGAAAGAUAUGAAUUCCUUGACUGAGACAUGGCGUGCGUUUGAGAAGCUUUACAAUGAAAAGAAAGUGCGUGCUAUCGGCCUUUCCAACUUCAAUAUUGACCACAUUGAUCACAUCCUGUCGAUUUGUACUGUCCCUCCGAUGGUGAAUCAAGUCGAGAUUCAUCUUUUAUUACAGCAGGCGAAGUUGAGGGCCUACUGCGCAGAAAAGAAUAUCAUCGUAACAGGGUGGCGCCCACUUGGGGAUGGAAAGUUGCUUUCCAAUCCGACAGUCACAAUGUUGGCGGAGAAAUAUCAUCGCACACCAGCUCAGGUUUUGAUCCGUUGGAUGCUGCAGUUGGGCAUUGUUGUGAUUCCCAAGUCUAUCAAACCGGAGCGCAUUAACGAGAACUUUGGUGUGUUUGAUUUCGUAUUGGAUGAUUCGAGUAUGACUCUGUUGAAUUCCAUGGACGAGGGAAAGCGAAUUGGACCAGAUCCUUCUGAAUUCUUUUAA